GCCGGACGCCGCGUCACGCCAUUCGGCCGGCGGCCCCGAGCACUCGCGGACGGGCGGACGGCGAGCGGCGCGCCAUGAGGCUCCUCCCCCGGCUGCUGCUGCUGCUCCUGCUCGCCUUCCCCGGCGUCCUCGAGCCGCGGGGCCCGCCCGGAGGCUCCUUGGCGCUCGCCCAGGACCCGACGGAGGAUGAGGACCCCGUGGAGGACUCCGUCAUCGAGGAGGAGGACGAGGAGGCGGAGGUGGAGGAGGACGAGCCCACCGACCUGGCAGAAGACAAAGAGGAAGAAGAUGUGUCUGGGGAGCCAGAAGCUUCGCCAAGCGCAGACACGACCAUCCUGUUUGUAAAAGGAGAAGACUUCCCGGCCAACAACAUCGUGAAGUUCCUGGUGGGCUUCACCAACAAGGGCACGGAGGACUUCGUCGUCGAGUCCCUGGACGCCUCCUUCCGCUACCCCCUGGACUACCAGUUCUACAUCCAGAACUUCACGGCGCUGCCGCUGAGCACGGUGGUGCCGCCGCAGAGACAGGCCACCUUCGAGUACUCGUUCAUCCCCGCCGAGCCCAUGGGCGGCCGGCCCUUCGGGCUGGUCAUCAACCUCAACUACAAGGACCUGAGCGGCAACGUCUUCCAAGAUGCUGUCUUCAACCAGACGGUGACCAUCAUCGAGAGGGAGGACGGGCUGGAUGGGGAGACGAUCUUCAUGUACAUGUUCCUGGCUGGCCUCGGGCUCUUGGUGGUGGUCGGUCUGCAUCAGCUCCUCGAAUCUCGCAAGCGCAAGAGACCCCCGCAGAAAGUGGAGAUGGGCACGUCCAGCCAGAACGACGUGGACCUCAGCUGGAUCCCCCAGGAGACGCUGAACCAGAUGAAUAAAGCUUCGCCCCGCAGGGUGCCCAGGAAGCGGGCCCAGAAGAGAUCGGCGGGAUCCGAUGAGUAAAUGUUGUCUGCCGUGACUCAGUGUGCCCACUGGGAUGCACGCCAAGAGCCCGCCCGCCCGCCCGCCGUGUGUGGACUGCUCAGGCCUGCUGUCCGCUCUGGGCCCUAACACUGCUGACACGCACUCGGCCAUUUUUCUAAAGUAACAAAAUGUGGGUUUUUAGACCAUUGAAAUCUGUGUGUGUGCGUGUGCGCGCGUGUGUGUGUGUGUGUGUGUGUGUGUGUGUGUGGGAGGGAGAGGGAGAGAGAGUAGAGCCGUGUCUUCCCAGGAUCACUCUUGAACUACCUGAAGCUCCCUUUCAGCCACCAAGUAUGAUGGCCGCCCCUGGACAUGUCCCGCCACGGGCAGCCCCCCAGUGCUCUGCUGACUGGGCUCAUGUCCACGGGGGACGGGGAGGGGGCUUCUGAAGGCUGGCAGCUGCUGCCGGGCCCCGUCUGCGGGGCCUGGGGCUUUCUCUAGCAACUCAAUGUCAAACAUGGAGAUCUGCUGAAUUUGGUGUAUAACGCUGACUCCAGCUUGCUUUCUCUUUUUCGACAACAAAGGAAUGGUGCAUUUGUGGCAGCUGAGGACUGGGUGUCUGCCCUCGUCUGCGCUGUUUGUGCCCGAGGGGUGAUCGCAUUGUCGGGCCUGCCUUGUUGGGGUUUUGAAGGGAUCAUUUCAGUUCUAAAGAAGCAUCUUGCUGAAGAGACGUGACUGGGUCUCCACACCCAGCCGCAGGCCAGCGUGAGGGCAGAACAUGUUCCAGGAAAAGAAAUGAUUGGGUUUUAAUGUUCUUUAAUCUUUGGGAUUUUGUUUGUUGAUGUAAUUUUUUAAUUUAAUCUGAAAAAAAAAUCAAAAUGUUAAGCACUUAAAAUCUCGUGAUUUUAAGGUCUCGGAACUAAACUGAAAUUGGCGCUGGUCAGAGCCUUUCUCGGGAGUCACUCUGGUCCUGGGAGUGGCCUUGGUGCGUGCUCUGGCCGGACUGGCCCAAGGUGGGGUGACCGGGGGCAGCGAGAGCGCCUCCCUCUGAGCCACGUUCCCCACCGUGCCAGGAGUCACAGCGGCGGAAGGGCCAGGAGACGCUGACCGCAUGGUCAGUUCCCACGUGGGCCAGGCCCAGCGUCGGGUCUCUGCCCUGGAGCGAGGCUGUGUCAGCCCUUGGCCUCGCUCCUCCUCGAAGCUGCCCUGCAGCCUCAGAGAAAUUGCAUAGGACCCUCUGCGCGCUCUCAGACCAUGUCUGAAGCGUCUGUGCAGGGGUGGAGCCUGCCGUGCUUGGGCUUGCAGUGUGUGUGUGUGUGUGUGUGUGUGUGUGUGUGUGUGUGUGCGCGCGCACGCGCGCGCUUGCCUGGGAGUGUCUGCAUGCAGGCGCGCGCGCGUGUGCGUGUGUGUGUGCGCGUGUGCUGCACGCGCACGCAGGCGUCUGUGUGUCUGGCGGCUUUGGGCCAGCUGUCUGCUUUGGCAGUGCCACCUGAGCCUUCCCAGGCAGUGAGUGGCAGGCGCUUCCCUGAGCUGGCUGGGAGCUGAGCCGGGGGCUGUUGGGGGGGUGCCCGUGCGGACACGCCCUGUGGAAAAUGGAAUAUUCUAUUCCACACAUGGUUUGUUCAAGCACACCAAGUAGUAGAUAUUUUACGUUUUUCCAGCCUAUUUGGGAGAAGUUUCUGCUUUGCCGUGCCAGCCAUGGUACCCGAAUUUCCCUGAGAGUGUCCUCAGAGUGUGCGCUUGGCCUUUGGGGGCGGGGGCAGGUCCCAAGGGAAGGGGUCGCUUUUCAGCAAGCUGCAGCAGAGGGACUUGGGGGCAAGAGAUGUGCCCAUGUGAGUGUCUCACCUGAGACGGUCUGGAAUCACUGCGUUGUGGUGCCCAGUCAGCGCCCUUGAGUGUCAACUUGCAAAAGCAUCUCAAAACUUCAUGACUUUGGUUUACCCCCUUUGUCUCGAGAUUUUUCCUUCCAAAAUUAGAAGUUAGCUUAAGCUCAGAGGCGUUUCCAGAUGCGCUUAAAUGUGGUCUACCCGAUUUGGACAUUCGUAGCCAUGAAGCCAAUAAAUAUGUUUGCAUUUUCA